AAUGAGUACAUGAGUAAUAAACAAAGAGUUUUGCCUUAUGCUGUGAACUAGACUCAACGAUCAACGUUGAGAAAAUCACGUAAAUCUUGUGGUCACUACUUUGACAUGGAAUCACCUGUCGCAUUGAGGACAGGUCCAGGGCCACCAAUACAUGUCAUCAAUAAUUCAUUUGAUACGAAAAUCAUACACAACACGACACCACGUAUAAUGUCAAAUGAAUCAGUGAGCCGGGCCUCUCUUCGAACUCCAAUAUUAAUAUAGUAUUACCUAUAGGCGCUUGGCUCCAUUUUUCAUUUGAGUCCAAAUUCAUCAAAACCAAGUAGUUAAGUGGGUACGCUUAACAUAUGGAAAUGGUGAGUGACAGUAGUAAGAAGCAUUUCGUGUUGGUUCAUACAGCCUGCCACGGCGCAUGGGUUUGGUACAAGGUGAAGCCGCUGCUUGAAGCCGCCGGCGGGCACAAGGUGAGUGCCAUCGAUCUGGCAGCGAGUGGAGUCGACCCGCGGACUAUCGAAGAAAUCGGGUCGGUGGAAGAGUACUUGGAGCCCUUGCUCAAGCUGCUGGAAUCUCUUCCCGAAGACGAGAAGGUGAUUCUGGUCGGGGAGAGCUGCGGCGGGGUUUAUAUCUCCAUCGCCGCCGACAAGUUCCCGCAAAGGAUUGCGGCCGCCGUCUACACCAAUGCACUCAUGCCUGACACCCAACACAAGCCGUCUUAUGUUCUGGAUACGUUGGGGGAGAAGUUCUUUUCUGACUGGAAAGACUCUGAGUUCUCUCCAUACAAAAUCAGGAAUGAGACGGUAGAAUCGGUCAAGCUUGGGCAUGAGCUUAUGAAGCAGAACAUCUACCAAAACUCCCCACUUGAGGAUUAUGAACUGGCAAAAAUGUUGACAAGGAAAGGGUCGUUGUUUCGAGAUAAUUUGGCCAAAAGGAACAACUUCACAGAGGAAGGAUAUGGUUCGGUGAAGAGAGUCUACAUCUAUGGCGAAGAAGACUUGAUCCUCACAAAGGAGUUUCAGCUGUGGCAGAUCGAAAACUUUAAGCCAGACAAGGUUUAUAGCAUUCCUGGAGGAGACCACAAACUCAUGUUCUGCAAACCAAAAGAGUUGGUCAGCUGUCUCCUCCAAAUUGCAACAGCGUGUUAAUAAGUCAAAACGACUAUUCAUCGAUCCAUAUUGAUCAUCCCUAAGAAUAAAUGUGGUUUUGUAAUAUGUAUGUGUGUCCCAAGAAUAAACGACUAUUCCUCCUUCCACUGUUUCUUUGCAUUGUAAGACAUUCCCUGUAUAUUUAAGUUAAUUCACUAGCCUUUUAUCCGUAAUUCACAACGGCAAUAAAACUAGUUGUAUUAAAAAAAAUUACCCUCUUAUUUAAUCACUUAGUUUGAAUCAAAUAGGUCAUUAAGU